CGCAGGAACAAGAAGGAACAGCGCUUCUCAUAUGCAACACAACGCCUCAUUGAUUGAGAUCGCGCACAAUUCAAGAUCCCGUUUGAAGAUCAGUCAGCAACGGCUCCCACCAAUCGCAUACACCAAACGAAAUGCCGGUCCAGGACCACUACCAAGUCCCUUCCACAGCGCAUGACCUGCCUGUCCCCGAAACUGCCAACGCGAAACUCUACGUCGCAUUUAUUGCCGGUACGGAUCCAGUGACGAAGCAGUCAUGGUGUCCAGACGUACGAGCUGCGUUGCCACGACUCCAGAAAGCGUUCUCGAGCGAAGAUGCACCACAUUUACUCUACGUUCAUGUGGGACAAAAACCUGAAUGGAAAGACCUGGGAAACGUGUAUAGGACGAAGUGGGAGGUCAAGGCUGUUCCGCAGUUGGUGAGGUAUCAAAGGGUUGAUGGUGAAAUCAGGGCGACGGGGAAGCUGGUGGAAGACGAAGUGAAUGAUGAUAAGAAGUUAGGUGAAUUUGUCAACGCGUAAGAAGAGAAACCCGCUAGAAAAACAGAAACGCUCGAAGUGUACCAGUGCUGUUGCAGCCGCACCUGCAGUUAACUAUGGUUACUGCGGGUAAUGCUCGAACAGAAACCCAGCAGCCAUCUCCACAUUCCCAUCAGUGGCGUUCAGCGCCGCAAGCGCCUCUCGUCGUGCAAAUCCAAGCACGACCAACUUCUGCACCUCUUCUUCUGGCCAGCUAGCUCUUGCUUCCGGAAGACUUGUCACCAUCUGCCUGAUCUGCUCCGCUGUGACGCCCAACGGUGGCCUACUCGUCUGCAGAUGCUGCGGCUCCUCCGUCCUCAACACUCUACCCAACGCCGAAACCCACCCGGCCUGC